UUCUCUAGAGCUAAGAUUGAAUAGGCUGAAAGUACAUUCUGUUGUACAACAAAGUUGGUAACUAUGGUGAAAGAAAGGGCACCAAUAUGUGACCAGACUACAGAGGCCAUUAAAGCAAUGACACUAUUGCCAGUGUGCCCAUUGUCAUGCGCCAAGAAUUUGCCAUUACCCCUUUGGUUCUAUUAAUACAAACAGGAUGGCAUCAUUCUGUGUACGUCAGAUUGUAACAUAGGGUGAAAUAUUUGCCAAGCCUCUUUUGUUGACAUUUGGGACUGGAUAACUGGAUAUUUUGGGUUAAAGGUUUAAUAGACAAGAACCGUAUAAAAGAACUGAGUGGCAACUUUCUGUAGCAUUUUGCAAGUUGGCAAAUCAGAUUUACUGUUACUGCAUCACCAUCAGGUAUUCAAAGCUCUAAAAUUAAGUGUUUUAGUUUUGAAAUUGAGUUUAAAGAUGCCUCGUCCUUUGUUCCACCGAAAUGGUUGCUGGAACCCUCGUCAAGAGAAGACACAAAACCUUUUAAACCAAAAUACCAACCUCCUCUCUUUCCUUGAACCAGACGAGGUUAGCUGGAUAGAUUCAGCAAGGAAAAGUUUGGGAACAUCGACCUGGCCAGGAUCUAUACGUUUACCUCUCUUCAGCUCUUUGUGCAAGGAGAUUCCACCUAAAUCAUGUACUGGAUUAGAAGGUUGUGUUUCUGAACCUGUGUGUGAACAAAUGAAAGGACAGCAUAACUGGAAUGUCUGUCUAGAUGUCAGUCCAUUUUCUCCAGAGGAGAUGAGCAUUAAAACCAAGGAGGGAUAUUUGGAGAUAACAGGUAAUCAUGAAGAAAGGCAGGAGAAUCACAGAUGGAUCUCAAGAAGCUUUACAAGAAAAUACAAGCUUCCGGCUGACAUAGACCUAAGACAGAUCAGCUCCAUGCUGUCUCCAGAUGGUAUUCUUUCAGUUGAGGCCCCGUUACCUGGCUCUAAUAUCAAUCUUCCUGGAGAGAUUGUCAUCCCUAUUCACAUGAUGGACAAACAAUUGCCUGCAAAAUCAGAUGGGCAAUGCCUAACCAGUAACUUAUAGACCUAUAGUUACUGGUUAAGCAGAACCUGUCUUAUUUAAUAUGUAUAUGUGAAUAUGUGUGUGUUAAAAGUAAUGAAUGUGCUUUCCUAACCUUUUGUUUUUCGAUGGCUACCAUUAGAAGCAUUUGUAAAUAUUGGCUUUGCAAGGGAAUAUUUGUCAUAUUAUGAACCAUUACCAAACGACUACAGCGACAGUAAUAUGCUUAAUAGAUCAGUUCUGCUGUUACUUUGGUUUAAAAAGAUUUAUGCAAUACGUAAUUCGUGCUGUACAAGAAUACUUUGGUCCCACUUUAUAUUAGGUGGCCUUAACUACUAUGUACUUACAUUUAAAUUAACCAUUUAAUACAAUGUACUUAUUGCGUACAUGCAUGUUUUUACCUUGUACUUAUAUUUUUAAAAAUACCUGCAUGUAAAUGUAUCUGUAACUAUUUUCUGUAAUUACAUUUAUAAUUACACUGUUGACCCAUCCCUUACACAUAAACCCACUCUUAAACCUACCCAUACCACCAAACCUGUCCCCAACCUCACCCAUAUCCAACUUCAAUCGCAGCAAGUGUUUUGCAACACAAUAAGUACAUUGUGCUUAUUUUUUGAUGUAAGUACACAGUAGUUUAUAAGGCCACCUAAUAUACAGUGGGACCAAUACUUCUAACUUGAUUAUUCCUAUGCAACCAGCAAGUACUGAUUGACUAAAGAGAGAUUAGAUAUUCCAGCUCACUCUUUCUCACUUUUUUUUAGGCAUAAAAAAAAAAAAAAAAAAUAAAAAAAGAAAAGAAGAGGUGGGGGUUUCAUAGUGGGGCUUGUGUUGUAUGAUUCCAGGACAAUCCUUUUGAUUUUGAAAGACUAUUUUAAUAAAUCUAUUUUGAGAAUGGUGCCUUGCGUUACUGAAUAUAAACAGUCUAAAAUGGUUAAAACAAGUCAAUGACAAUAUUUCAAUACAAUCAUGCAGAUACAUUUAGAAAGAGGCUUCAUACUGAAAUUGAUCGAUAUUUAGGUAAGCAAAUAGGCCUUCCCAAAGCUGAUCAUGCAGCUGAGUAGAGCUUCAGGUCACAUCCUCUAGAUGGUGCUGCCUGGUA